GGAGGACCACAAAGCAAAACAACCAUAUCAGACUUUCUAUUUAACAAUAGAUUUUCCCGUCCACUCUUUACUUACUGCAACAAACUUCACAUGAAAGACAAUAAGCUAUAGCUAGUUUAGCUAAAAAGUUAUGGAAAAUCAAGAAGACAUAAUCAGCCUUGAAAUUCUCGCCGAUCAUGAUCAUCAUGAUGUCUUCUCUAACUCUUCUUGUAAUGGCUUGAAUUCCCCUUCAAGCACCGUGACAUCGUCAUUGUCUUCAUCUUCUUCUUUUUCCCCGAGCAAUGCACCAAUUUUGGAGAAGUACCAAAGCUUGAGGAAAAUUCAGGAAGUCGUUAAAAAUAACAAAAAUGAAAAGAUGAAGAAAAAGAAGAGAAAUGGUGACGAUGAUAAACACCCAACCUAUAGAGGAGUACGUAAGAGGAGUUGGGGCAAAUGGGUGUCGGAAAUUCGAGAGCCAAAAAAGAAAUCAAGAAUAUGGUUAGGUACUUAUCCAACGGCUCGAAUGGCAGCUCGAGCACAUGAUGUUGCGGCUUUAGCCAUCAAAGGUCACACUAUUUACCUUAAUUUCCCCCAUUUAGCUGAUCAAUAUCCACGUCCAUCUUCAUCUUCUCCUAAGGAUAUCCAAGCAGCAGCUGCAAAGGCAGCUGCCAUCACAUUUUCUGGAGAAAAUGCGGAAGAAGAAGAAGAAAUUCGAGCCGAGCCCAACCAAAUUGAAUUACAAAGUUGCCAUUCAUCAACAAACUUAUUGUUGAAAGGUAACCAAGAAUCUCUAAAUGAUGACACAUUUUUUGAUUUGCCUGAUCUUUCCAUUGAUGUGGUAGAUCAAAAGAACUACUAUUGGUGCACAAUGCCCACGUGGCAGCAGCUGAUUGGAGCUGAUGCUACUGUAUAUAGGCUCGAUGAGCCAUUUUUGUGGGAGUAAUCCAAUAAAUGUUUACUAGCAUUGAGUGUAAAUUUAACUUUAGCCGUUAUAAAUAUGUGUGAAGGAGACGUAUGUCUUGAAUUCAUUUAGCCGUUAUAAAUAUGUGUGAAGGAGAAGUAUGUCUUGAAUUCAUUGGUCUGAUGUAAAUAGAGUGAGGUAAUACUUUACAUAGUCUUUUUGAGAUUUUUCUAGUAAGGCAUCAUGUGGUAUAUAUCGAAUUAUCAUAUCGAAUUAAAAUUUUUGA